UACGCGUCUAUCGGGAGGUCUAUCUUAUUUAUAGAGAAUGCGCGGCGGCCCUCGAGGACAUUUUCUUGGAUGGAUUUCAGCGCGGUGUGGACUUUGGCAUCCCCACGGUGCUAGCUGACUUAGCGCGCAGGCUUCUCGGAAGCGAUGCCGUGCCCCGGCCGCAGAGGAAGGCGGCGGUUAGACUGCUUUUAUCUGGUGAAUGGGCACGAUUUUUCGAGCUCGCGAGUGAGCUUCCUCUGAGUGGUCCAACUUUUCGAGAACUUUUGUUGGUUAUUUUUAGAUACCGGAAACCUCCGCUUGAGUUCUGGCCUCUGCAGGGUAGGAGACGAAUGGUGCCAGAUGAGCGUAGAGUGUGUGCUGCAUGGAGACGCGCGAUGCGUGCUGCCAAGGUAGCUGUUAAGAAUCAAGAUAGCCAAUCAGGACAAACUAGUAUUGACAAACUAGUACUAGUAUUAGUCUUGCACUAAAUAAUCAUGGCUCUACUUCUACUAGAUUUAGUAGAUGACGAUUGUCUCUUUUUCGUUAUAUUUGAAUUUUUUUUCAACAAGAUUCAUUCUAAGUAACAGAGGUAUGCAACCCUCUGUUUUUCUAACCCGAGAAGUAGCAUCAGGCUCGACGCGCAGUUCGCAUUGGGUAUACUCCGCGAUCCGCAAACCGUUAUCAGCAAUCUCUGGUUCGAGCACUGUUGUCCCAAGGCUGUGCGGGAGGACGAAGACGUCAUAAGACUUCGAGUGCAAAAAGAUGGAAACGCAUUGGGGCUGCUAGACCGAGAGUACUUGCUAGACCAUCCAGAGCUUUGCUGGGAUGCCGUCAAAGCAACGGGCAGGGCAAUAAAGCACGUUCCAACGGAGAUUCUCGGAAAGGAUUCAACGGGUUUUCGCAUUGCUUCUCUGAAGCAGGACCCCGCUGGUGUUUGCAAAAAAGACCGACUUGUACAAAGCAGCUUUGAACUCAUGCGGGAUCAUGUGUUACCGAGAGACGGGACACUCCUGCGAUACGCUUCGGCAGACCUGCGCGACAGUCGCGAGCUGGCCACUAUUGCCCUGAAUCAUGCGAACCCCGAGAAAGCAACUUGUGGUGCUGACCAUAACGAUGACAGCUCGUGGCUCAGGAAGUCUUGCAGGAAGGUUUUGCUGUGUAUCUCGGACCGCCUUUACCGGGACAGGGAGAUAGCGCUUGUGGCAGUUCAAAAAAGUGGUGAGUCCUUGCGAGACCUUCACAGCGAGUUUCGGGAUGAUGAGAGCAUAGUGAUGGCUGCCCUGCAGGAAAAUCCUAUGGCGCUCGAGUUCGCGUCGCAAAGACUGCGUAGUGAUCCUCGCGUAGUGAGCUUGGCGGUGAAAAAAAAUCCGAAAGCGUUCAUGUAUUCUGAUGGUGAAGCGCGCAGUAGUCGGGAACUCAUUGCACUUGUUGCGAAGUUCGAUGUCUUUUAUGUGUUUUGCCAGAAACGGGACUCGGCAUCGUCUUAUGGUUUGGAUUUGGAGCGCCAAGGACGGGACGACGAUAUCCUUUGGGAGUCGGACUCGUCUAGUGUGAAUCUUGAAAAAGCAGAAUCGACAGACGACGAAAUGGACUGAUUCUCGUAAGCUCUCGAGGAGCGUUACACCAUGAUGAUGAUAAAGUUUUCCCUGAGCAAGUAGGAUUCUUCUUUUCGCCAGCUACAGCUUCAAUAUCUUCUAUGAUUAUCAGCAUUCCUCGUCCUCUGGGUUCUGGCUUUCACGGUAAUUAAGAGUAGAUCAUGUAGUCGUGCAGCGUCAUCUUCAAGACCGUCGCACUAUUUUUAUAUAUUAGAUGAAGAUAGAAAAAGGUUUUUCUGAGAUUGCUACACUCUUUUUUACAUUUUUUCUCACCGCAAACAAACUAACACACGGCUUCAUCAUGACCGUCAUCGACGCAACUUGUGUAGUCCGCUUGUAUUCACACGGUGGACCUCGAUGAGUAUUCAUCAAUACCGUUCUUCAGAGUCUCAAUCAGAAAAGUGAGAACGACCUAAGGUGCACCGGACUCCGGCGAAAGGGCAUGCGUUUGCGCGUAGAUAUGGUUUAUCAUGUCUAUCUUUUCACCAACGAGCUAUAUUAGCGGGUAGAAGUCGUCGGGGAAAUCUUAGGCAGAUCGUUGAGCGGAUUCGUAUCGUCGUCGUGUCUGUCUCUUUACCAAGAAGAG